GCGGUGGGGUGAGCAGCGUAAGUGGCGAGCCCGCUUGGCCCAGACUGACACGCCUCGCGGCCUGCAUUCUUUGCAGAGACGUCACACGCACAACCUCACGGUGGCACGAGUCAAAGAAGCAAAAAAGCAAAGCCGCAGCUCGUCGCACGGCGUCAUGUCAGCCAUCACGCACCUGCUGCACCAGCUGCCUGCACGCGCCCUGCAGCGCAUCCUUGAGUUCUGCGCCAGCGUGUACGACGCGCAUGCAUUUUGCCACACGACCAAGCAGCUGCGCCAACGUAUCCAGCAUGCUGUCUCCUUGCGCGCGCUGGCGCAGCGCUUUGCCCGCGCUCCGCACCUAAGCCCGCUCUUCCCUGGCCGCCUGCUCGACCUGUCCGGCUUUGGCGAGAUGCCGUACAUUGCCGGAGACGUCGCGUGGGCGUUCAACCUACGCACGAGCGAGCUCCAGCUCUACGACCUCGCCGACAACAUCUUCCUCCGCAUCGACCUCGCACACAUCCUCCCAGAGCUCGAGCUGCUCGUCAACGACUUUACCGGUACCCUCGCCCACUCAGAGAACCACACUUGCUGGGUCCUUGCGCGCGACGACCUCCUCAGCGCUCUGUACGUCCCCGGCAGCCUUCGCGCCGGUGCGCGGCCCGAGACACUCCGCAAGCAGUUUGACCCGCCCAUCCAGCACCCUGACGGCCACUCUGCCAGCGUCGUCGUCGCUCCUAGCGGAGAGUACAUUGUCGUCGCCGACUGGACUUCGCUCCGCGUCGUCCAGGUUUGCAGGGCUGCCCACAAAGUCAGUGACGAAGAGGUUGGCGAGGCGCGAUUUACGCCGCCACCAGCAGCAUCCGCAGGGGUUGCACAAAGCGAGCGCAAGCGCGCGCACGCGCACGCCCUCAGCGCUGCGUCCCACGCCAGCCCCUCCUUGCUGGUCAUCAACUCACCUGGAGGAGGCCGCCUGGUGCGCCGCAAGCUCAUGGUGUUGAAGGAACUGCCCGAGAUGAGGCAGCGCAUGGCCAAGUUUGAGGAGAGCGAGACGUUCCUCUUCAUCCUCAAAGGCGACGAAGCGGACCGCUUCGAAAUGGCCUUCUUCCUCGGCAACGGCCAGAUGCUCCCGCCGCCCGACUGCGUCCUCAACGAGGGCACCACUGUCCAGGUUGGCGAGCGCGCCGUCCUAUGCGAGACGCCCAUUACCACUGCCAUCGAUGAGCCCCAAAAAGCCUCCGCCGCCGCAGCACUGGUCGGCGAGGCGAGCAUGGGCACCAGUGCCGCUCCGCCGAGUGAGAAAUCCCUGCUGCGCGGCGCCGUCAAGCAGCUUCACAUCUGGCAGCUUGUCAGUGGCGAAGCCUUUUUGCUGCCGUUGUACCUCGGCAAAUGCGCCGGCGCAACCGCGGCGGCGGCAGGAGGAGCAAGGAGGGCGGUCUUGCAAGCAAAUGGUCGGCUCGUGCUCAUCCUCGGUGGACCAUCGUCCAACACGCUCGUUGCACUCUACCGCACCGACACGGGCGCCGAGGUGCCGCUGCCGGCCGAGCUGAACGAGCAGCGCUCGAGCGUGGUGCACACGACCCGACAUGGGAUUAUCAUUUUCAAGCACUUCGACGCUGACUUCUCGAUCUACUGCGCCUUUGACCCAUGGCAGGGACAUGUCGACGAGCUGUGCGUCAGUAUCGCUGAGUUUGAUGCCGAUGCCGCCAGCGACGCCGAGCGCGACUGGUACGAUGCGGGCGAGAGCAUCUGUUCGCCGUGCAAGGACGCGAUGUUGUGGCCAGUACAGGACCCGCAGGGUGUCGGCUGGUCGUGGAUCCUCUGCUCGUCAGCGACAGGCGUGCCGAAGCUCACCAAGUUUGAGUCGACACUCGAAGACGCCGCCGACGAGGUCUUUACGCAAUUCUGUCUCGCGUGGAGCUUCCCCGGCCUCGUCCUUCUUACCGUGCGCACAGCGCACGAUGUCGAAAUGGCGCGCCACAUCGUCCGGCGCAUAGCCGAUGCUAGCCCAUCGCUAUCCGAGGAGAGCGGCGGCAGCGGCGUCGGCUCAUCCUACUUUGGCCUCGAUGACGACAAGGCCGCCUUCAUCACGUAUGCUGGCGUCUGGUCGCCCAACACGCCUGUCGACGCUGACGGCGCGCUGCAUGGCAUUUGGCACCGCCUGCCCAGCACGAGCUGCGCGGAGAUCGGCACGCACUGCGUCUCGUACAAUGGCCGCUGGAUCAUCAUCGGCGGCGGCGGCGGCAGCGACAUGAUGAUCGUCGAUGUCGACGAACUGCGUACCAUGGGCGAGCGUCAGUGGUUCACCGACGUGCAGGAGCAGCUGCGCAUGCGUGCAGGCUCCAACGCUUCCGCCCAUGUCCGGUUCGCGAUGUAAAGUCGGCGGCGGAGGCGGCCGCGAGCGUUAACCCUAUGACAUGAUCGCUGGGAAGUGGGAGAAGGCG